CCCUCCUAACCUUUACCAACACCAUUUGUUCGCGCCUUUUUUCGCCUAGCACAUUUUGCGACCAAUUUUUACACCGGAAAACUUAGAUAAAAUGAUUAUAAACGCCUGAAUUGGAUACUGGAAAGCUGGAAUCCAUUGGGGCCGCAAUACCGCCAGCCAGAGGAGCGUGACCAACGCGACGAGAGUGCGAUCGCGGCAGUGUGUGUGCGUGUGCGGGAGUGUAACAAAUACGAAAAACGUAAAAUCGCUACGAAGUUAUAUCAACCGCUUAAGUACUUAGAUUUUACAAAAGAAAACUACACCAUACACACACACGCACACACUCAGCAAUAUGCAUUAAAACAAAAAAUAAAACCAGAAGAAGAGAUCCAAGAAAAUGACCGAUGUAAAUUGUCUUACAAGUGAGCACAUUGCAACUACAGCCCCAGCGAGUCCACCAGGAACUCCCACCAGGAAUGCUGGCAAGGAUCUCGUAGAGCCCACAUCCCCGUUCGUUUUGAGAGCACCGCCCAGCGCCAAAUCCAAACUGAUCCUGCAGAACAUGGAGGAGGUGCUCCAUUCGGUGAAGCAGAAGCACAGGGAGAAACACAAGCGAAAGAGGGAGGAAAAGAGAAGGGCAGCCCUCCUGGAGGAUCAGAAGAAACCCUCCAAGGAUGGCAAACCGGACAAGGAGAAGCCGCAACCACUCCGAGAGAAAUCCUCUCAAGAAAAUGGUCUCAAGAACGGUGGCCGACGGCGUUCCAGUCCGCUAAAGUGCAGCACUCCAGUGGCCGAGAACCAGAGCAUCAUGAAGCACUUCGCUAAGGCGGGAAAGCCGGAAAAUCUGGGUGCAUCUCCGGUGACAGCAUCCAAACCCAAGCCAGCCACCAAUGUCUUCGAGUUCAUGAUGAAUGCCAGGAAUCGCUCUAUAGGGGCUAACGAUGGUGGCGCCGAAUCCCCUGGAGAUCAAGAGGUCGCUAGUGAAGCAGCCACUCCAACGACAAAGCGAAAACUGCUCCUCCAGGAGUGGAACGAACGCAAAGGAGGAGCCAAGAGAAGACUGGCGGAUGAGUCUCGCGGGGAGUUUAUCGAACUGCAGAUGGAGCAACGAGCCAAGAGAUUGAGAAAAAUGCUGACCAAGACUGACCAGAAGGAAGAAACUGCACCAUCCUCAGCGCCCACAGAGCCAACUGUAAAGCGUUCAAGAGGUAGGCCGCGCUCGCGACGGCUCAGUUCCGUGGAUGCGGCAAUCAGCUUGAAACCCAAACCUCAAGAUGCUGAAACAGAGGAGUUCCUCUCGAAGCUUUCAUCGCCCACAAAAAAACGUGACAGUCUGCUGGGCUACUUUGCCAAGGUGGAAUCGCCCAAAGAGGUAGCCGAAAGGGUAACCAUAGCGAUAGAAACUCCUCCAAUGGAGACGCCUAAGCGAAGAACACAACGCAGAAAGAGCCAGCAGGAGACCCCUAUUAUAGAAACUGAAUCCACGCCGUCCUCAAGACCACGACGCUCUUGUGCGGGAAAGGCGCGCUACGAUUACGACCUGGAAACGAGUCCUGGCAAGCAACAAAAGCCCAAGGCUCAAAAGGCCGAAGAAUCGGUAGAGACUAUUGAUCUGGACAGCAGUAACCCGGCUGCCACGCCAAAGAAACUAGCACCGCUCUUUGUACGACAGUUGCCAAAGCCCAGCCCGGAUCCUGCGGUUUUGAAAGCACGCAUGGCUUUUCUGCAAUCUGGGGUUCCCGAUAAAAUUCGUCAGGACCAGAGCCGUCAAAAAACCUACGAGCAGUUGUACGAGGAGAGCUAUGAGAUUUUCCCAAGACUGGCUCAUAUAGGUUGCGAAAAAUUUGUAUCCAAACAUGAUCCACUUGAGUUACCCUUUCCUUUAAGGGCAGAAGACGAAUUGGAAUUUACGACAACCUUGGUUCCCAACAAACGACGUUCCAAAACGAGUAGCAUGACCAGCUGUGUGCCUGCGGACUUCACCUCCAGUAAAAUUUUGAACACAUUCAACUACGCUACUUUACCGCAGUUGGAAAAUAAGCGCGGCUUUGUGAAACUCUGGAAGAACGACUUUGAUCGAUUUCCUACUUUUAAGUGCUAUAAUCAAAUGAGGGAGAAGUAUCGUCACUUUAGCGCCAUUGACAGUGCGCAGGAUACGCAGCAAAUGGGUGAAUCCUUAGUGGUUACUCGGCGCACCCGCCGUUCUAUGGAGCAGCAUAUGGCUCAGAAUGACGAGGAGGCGAAGCCACCACCUUCGGCUCCGAAUGGCGAGCUGCUCUUUACCGAAAAGUACAAACCACUGCUGUUCGAGCAAGUUCUAGUGAAUCUAACACCAGUGCAGGAGCUUCGGGAAUUUUUGUCGAGCUGGAGUGGCAAUGGUGGCAGCAAUCGCAACUCGCAGGGAAUGGACGACACCUUCGAUAUGAGCAACGAUUCGGCGUCUAUGGGAUCAAAUAGCAACACAAUGGUGCUCGUGGGACCUUCAUCCAGUGGGAAAACCAAUGCAGUUUUUACUUUAGCAAAUGAUAUGAACUUUAAUGUCUUGGAGAUCAAUGCAGGGAUGAAGCGUACGGGCAAGAAGUUGAUCCAGGAACUCCAAGAGGCCACGCAGUCGCAUCAGAUAAGAAAAGACAGCAAAACGGGCGGUGGAUCCUCACAGCAGCUGCUCCAAAAAUUGCAAAAGAGUGGUUUCAAAGCGAAAGCAGCUGCAGUGGAACCACCAUCCGAAGUUCGCAAAUCCCUCAUACUAAUAGAAGAUGCCGAUAUCCUGUUUGAUAACAUGGAUGCUGGUUUUACGGAUGCCAUUUACACUCUGGCUGCCAGUUCAAAGAGGCCGGUAAUUGUGGUGGCCACGGAUCCAAACUGCGCGCAUCUGCAGCGUCUGAUGCUGCAGAACACCAUUCAUUUCCAGGCCCCGAAUCCUUUGAACAUUUCCCGAUUCCUAGCUGUUCUUUCGCUUAUAGAAAACUGCCCCAUUGAGCUGGAUGAAUUGAUAUCCCAGUAUCUGUAUAAUCAGCAGAAUCUACGCAAGACGCUAAUGGAACUGCAAUUUUACAUUCAAAGUGGUGGAGAUCCAAGUGGGAGUAGAAAGGGUACCAUCAAAUCGCCCACAAAAACCUCAAAUAGCCGCCUGGCCACAGUCGAUGGCAGUCGCAUUCAUCAGCGAUUUUUUGAGUUCUUUACAAGCCCGCAGAAUGUCCAGCAUCGAAUACCCUUCCCAGUGGACUUUUGCCUUCUGCGUUUGAAUCUCCCCGAGCUUAUAUCUAAUUCUCCGCUGCUGAAGGAGCAGCAGCCACCAAGUGGAGGAAGUAGAAACACUGCCAAGCGAAAAUCUCGCUCACCAAAGAAAGCAUGGCUGAGCAGCGCCACAGGGCAAAAGAACGAUGCCCAUAGUUCACCCCUAGCCACACUGGCCUCCUUUUAUGACAAUAUUUCGGUGGCUGCUUUGAUGGACACCGAUUGCAGUGAUCGCUUGCAGUGGCACCCGUCCGAGGAUAUCGCGCACCUGCUGGUGGAGCAGGCUCUCCAAACUGGACUAGCGGCCAAGGAUUGUCCCUACAACCUAUUCGACAAACCAGUUCAAAGGGUAACUAUUUGUGACUACCUGGGCAAUGGAAUUCUACGUUCCACCUCGUCCAAAGCGCUGGACUUUGAGCCCACCCUGCGCAACAUCUGCCGCAGUGAGAAGGAGCGGGCUGGACAGGAGCGGAAGUCGAGUAGAUUCUAUCACUAUCUGCGCAACCACACGGCGAACGUGACCAGUUUCACGAUGGAGUGCUUCGAUGCAGCGUGCAGUGCGUUCCAAGUGACGCCCAGCAGUGAUGCACCCGCGGAAGUCGCGCAAGAGGAUUAACUGGCGGUGGGACUUAGUUUAAUUUUUUGAAUUUGGUGGAGUUGCUCUAUCGAAUUUGUUUGCAAUUUAUUCAGAUCGCGGUAAUCAGAGUUGAUCUUUAUAGGAUAGUUUUGUGCUGACGACGAUGAUGCGUAGCUAUAUAUGAGAUGAGUUUAGAUCUAUUUACAAGUUAAUUAUGCUAAAUUAAUUAGGACUAUAGUAAUAAAUCAAUUAAAUAACAUGUAAA